AUGACGGCGAGGUCGAAGAAGAUUGCAUCAAGUUGUUUGUUUAUCCUAUUUCUAUUGGCUUUCGAGGGGCUCGCGCUUAUAUUCGAUCCGAAGAGCUCCAGCUCCACAACCGAGACGUGUGUCCUUGAGAGUCUCUAUACUGGUCAAAGGGUAAGGGCGGCGUUCUAUCCGCUUCAGUGGGAACGAACGCGAGUACGUGCAUGGGUCAGUACCCUUGACGGACGGAAACGGUUAGAAACUGCCAAAGGGCCUGCUGCAGAGCUUGUUUUCCAGGCGCCUGACGAUGGGGACUACUGUUUCUGCUGGGUUGCGGAGCCACCCGCAGCGAGCGUACGGUUCGGAAUCAGCGCCCCGCACUUCCCAGAGCUAGAGGCGUUGUUGAAAAAAGGUCAGCUGAAACGGUUUGAGCGCUCUGUUUUAACGCUGGCGCAAACCCUGGAGGACCUGAAGUAUCGUGCGCAACACGCGUUACACGAAGACCUACGAACGAAGGGCAAACUGCGACAGAGCAUGCGUCGGCUCCGAGUCAUGACCUUGGUCGAAAUGAUGGUGCUGUUCAGCACCCUUGGUUGGCGUGUAUGGCGCGUAAAAAGCAUGUUUCGGGAACGGUACCGAGGAACCGCUAGAUGA